AUGGCCCGGGAGGAGUGCAAGGCGCUGCUGGACGCGCUCAACAAGACCACGGCGUGCUACCACGUCCUGGUGCUCACGGUGGGCGGCUCGGCCGACUCGCAGGACCUGCGCGAGGAGCUGCAGAAGACGCGGCAGAAGGCGCGGGAGCUGGCCGUGGUGGCCGGAGCCCGGCUGACCGUCGCGCUGCGUGACCGGAGCCUGGCGGCCGAGGAGCGCGCGGAGUUCGAGCGGCUCUGGGUGGCCUUCUCCGGAUGCCUGGACCUGCUGGAGGCCGACAUGCAGCGCGCCCUGGCCCUGGGCGCCGCGUUCCCGCUGCACGCGCCGCGCCGGCCUCUCGUGCGCACGGGCGUGACGGGCGGCUCCUCGGGCGUGGCAGCCCGCGCCCUGAGCGCCCGCAGCCUGCGCCACGAGGCCGACGGAGACUUCGACGUGGCCGAUCUGCCGGCGUUGGAGCGCGAGAUCCUGCAGGUGGGCGAGAUGAUCGACGACAUGGAAAUGAAGGUCAACGUGCCCCGCUGGACAGUGCAGGCCCGGCAGGAGGCCGGCGCAGAACUCAUCCUGUCCAGUGCCAGCGCGGGGGCCUUCUCCUCGGUCGGUGCGGUGUCCGUCGAGGAGCGCGCGGGGCUCUGCGACCCCAGCAAGGCCCUGGCAGCCACCGUUUUCAGCGCCGUACUGCUGGCGGCUGUGGCCCUAGCUUUAUGCGUGGCAAAGCUGAGCUGACCCAAUACCCAGUGGGCACCCGCUGGAACUGCUCCUUCCCGGGGGCAGGGAUCAGGGUUUGGUCUGGUAACCCAGCCCCAGUGUGUGCAUGAAGUACACGCGCUUUUCAAAGUACGAGCUCUGCAAGGCAGGGCUUGUUUUCUCUCUUGCCCAAGCAGGAGUUAACUUUCCCCCGGGCGAUUCAGGGCAUUACCUGGAAGGUCUGCUUGCUGGGGCUUUGUCCCCUAUUAAUAGAAACCGCUCCGCAGUGACCCCGUACGGCUCUGAGCUAAAAACACGUGUGACCAGCCUACCCUGCCGAUGUCUUCCACUCUGCAUGGGGCAGUCUGGAAGAGGGGCGCGAUAGCAGGAAGCAUGGGGAAUGGGGCUGCUUGGCUCUGCGUGAAUGGUGGUUUUGUUUCUAGACAAAAAGCAAACUGCAAUACAAUGUAAGUGAUUGGUUUGUUGUGGGUUUUUUUUAUUACCUUAAUCCUUUGGGGCCUGAGCUUGGGAGACCGUGCAGGUAGAAGUGCGCGCUGUUUCUGUGGCACGCCUCUGCACUUGUUUAUUCCAUCUGUCACAAAAAGCAAUAGGUAGGAGACCCAAGAAGGUCGCUCCAACCAGGUGUGGUGGCAUUGGGCCCACCGCAUGCACUUGCCUCCAGAGAUAAAGCUCUGUUUCUCCAUCCCUUGGGUGAGGGAAAGACAGGAGGCGCUGUGGGUCGGACCGAAUGAGAACCGCGCAGGCGGGCACUUUCUCCUUCACAGGGGCUUAUUUUGUUCCAGAACUAGACCAGUGUUUGAUCCUCCUUUGAGGGCGGGCUGGGGAAUCCUCUUUGGAGAGCUUAAUCCUAUCUAUCCCCCGGAAUUUGCUUACUAGCCAAUAGGAGCCCUAGCUUUGUGGGGAACCAUACAGCUCUCUGACCCCCACAGAGCUGGAGAGGGCAAUUUGGCAUUACUGGCCCACAGAGGUUGUGAGUCAAUCCGCUCUGAGACUGAGUACAAAAGUGUCAGCUUUAACUUUGAAUUUAAGACGCUUUUUAAAAAAGUCAUUAUUUGCCGAGCAUGGUGGUGCACGUGUUUAAUCCUAGCACUCGGGAGGCAGAGGUAGGUGGAUCGACAUGAGUUCGAGGCCACCCUGAGACUACACAGUUUAUUCCAGGUCAGCCUGGGCUAGGGUGAGACCCUACCUAGAAAAAAAAACAAAACAAAACAAAACAAAAAAUCAUUAUUUGAAAGGAACAUUACCACAGGUAUCAAAGGUGUUUUUUUUUUUUAAUAUAAAGGACAUUGAGGCACAAAUCCAUUCAUGCCAAUGAGUCAAACUUGGAGAUCUUUUUACAUGCACCUUUAAGGUUGAAUACUAAGUAUUCAUCUGCAUCUCUUUUUAAAAUCUGUGUUCUUGGAUAUAGAUUGAAUUUUGAGACUGUAGCACAAGCUACCAGAAUCUUUGGUACAGGAGGCCUAGAGGAGUAAGCCAUCCCAGAUCCUUUUGAUCCCCUCCUGGUGCUGCUGACCCUCUCUCCUGGCCUCCACACAGGGUUCUGUCACAUGAGAGAAGCAAAUGCGUUUCACUUUCUAAAGGUAAUUCAGAAUAAAGCCAAAAAGACUUUGUUUGGCUGGCACCUGGCUGAUGUCUAUUGUAAGGAGGAGGACCAGCUGUAGGGACCUGGCAAGUCCUUCACAAGGUCAGCUUGGAAGGCUAAGGGGCAGGAAGAGGAUAGGGGCAGGGUUGGUUGUUAUCUGGGCGCCCAGUCCUAGGGACCAUCCCAUCCCCCGCUCUACCCAGGUCCACUCGGCGCAGAUCUGUUGGCCUCACAUGUGGAAACAGAAUCGGUUUGUGCAAGUCUGUGGCUGGGCUUUCAAAAGACCCACAGGUCUUAAGCCCAUUGAACCCUUUAUAAUAAUUACUGCUGAGAGGAACUCUUGGCUCCCCACCUGUCCCCAUCCAGGUGACUGAACCACAGCUGACGUUUAAACUCCUCCCAUACACAAGACAGCCUGGACUCCCUGGCACCUUCUCCACAGACUCCGUUCUCAGGCAAGAGGAGUCGAUGGCACUCUAAAAACCAAGUGUUAAGGACAUUCUGCCCUUUCUAAGAAUGUGAUCCUUUGUUCUUACCUUGAUUUCUAGUUUAUAAAAAAAAAAAAAAACCUCAGCAGGACACAUUUAAA